AAUUUUGUUUUUUAUCUUCUAAAGAAUGUUCAAGAAGAAGCUUUUGCAAAAUUAAUACUUUUGUUUUUUUGACUGCUCUUAUAAAUAUGGUUUUUUUUUUGUUUUUCUUUUUUUUUUUAUUUCUUCAGCUACUUCAUUCUUUAUCUAGGACACAACUUCAGGAAGAACAGGAAAAUAUUUCUUCAAAUAAUGUGACAACUUCUGCAUCAUCAAUUCAAGUUACUACCAUAGAAAAUCCCACAUUAUUAUCCGAUAAUAUACCGUUACCAACAGUCGAAAUUCAUUUGGCAGCUAUCGAUAAUGGUCUAGCAUUUCCAUUUAAACAUCCGGAUGAAUGGCGAGCAUAUCCAUUUCAUUGGGCAUGGUUACCACAAGCUAAAAGACCAUUUUCUGAAGAAACAAAACAAUUGGUUUUAGAAUUUUUAUCGGAUAUGAAUUUUGUUGAACGUGAAUUAUGUGAUGAAAUACAAGAAUUAUUUUUACGAGAUAAAGAUUCAGAUUUUCGAAUAAUUGAACGACAAUUAGCGGUUAUGAGAGGACAAGUGAGUUAA